AUGGUUCACAACAAUCCCAAUCUCGAAAAGAUUCAAAGGUUUCAGCACCUACACGCUCAAUUGUCCGACGAAGCCGCUCACACUAUUGAAGGAUUGACACUAACAAAUGAAAACUAUGAUCACGCAAUCGACCUACUGGAACAAAGAUAUGGACAGAAACACAAAGUAAUAAGUGCCUACAUGAAAGCUUUAUGGGAUAUGCCUAAACCAUCUGGCGAUUUCAACAGCUUACGAAACUUUUACGACACCUUAGAAAGUUAUAUUCGUGGGCUCAGUUCGCUCGGAAAAUCCGAAGAAUCCUAUGGCGAUCUACUCGUACCUAUCGUCAUGAAAAAGUUGCCGCCAAAUACACGAAAACAGAUUGCGCGGGAUCAUGGAAAUAACGAAUGGAAUCUACCCGAACUUCGUCAAGCCAUCCAUAACGAGAUGGACGCUCUACAAGCUGGUUUUUCCGCCGAUCUUCAUGACCGCGAAUUGUACACAGAAACCCCGGUAACUGCGGCAUUCUACACGGGAAGUGACCCGGUCACUUCACGGAAAUCGAUCCGGGCGAGACUGACUAAAUCUAUCGUAUGUGCGUACUGCAAAGAUGCCCAUCCGUCGAUACAUUGUAAAGUUGUGACUGACUACAAUAAACGCCUCGAGAUAAUAAAACGCGAUCGUUUAUGCUUCAACUGUCUCGUAUCCGCGGGUGGCGAAACUGCAACGGCUACGAUAUUAUUCGAUGAAGGGGCCACGCGAUCUUUCGUAACUACAAACUUCGCCGAUAAACUCAAUGCACAAACUGACAAAUGUGAAGUCAUUAACUUAGCAACGUUUGGUGAUAAUGGUUCACGUGCUAGAUCGUUCAAUGUCUCUACGCUAUCAGUUCACACCAUUACAGGAAAGAAAAAGAACAUUUCCGCACUCGUUGUUCCAAACAUCUCCACACCCACAAAGAACUUGAUCACUUCGUCCCUAUUGGAAUUACCUUAUCUACGCAAUUUGAACUUAGCCCACCCCAUUUCAGGAAGCGAAUCCUUUGAAAUAUCGAUUCUCAUUGGCGCAGAUUACUACUGGGAUUUCGUGGGAGACCACAUUGUUCGUGGACCCGGUCCAACUGCUGUAUCGUCCAUACUUGGAUAUUUACUUUCCGGUCCCAUUCAAGGAUACAGACCUAAAAGUGUAUUUCCCAAUGACGCAACUAUUCUACACACUACUACUAAUCCGUCUGUUGUAAACGAUCAACUCCAGGCUUACUGGAAGCUCGAGACAAUCGGCAUCACUGAUAAUGCCCACCCUCCAGUAAUGAACACAGACUUCGAACAUUACAGAGAUAAUCAUCUCAAAAUCAAAAACGAACGGUAUACUGCGGGGUUACCGUGGAGACAAGACCACCCUCCUCUGCCUACUAACUUUCGUAUUGCAAAGAAAAGCACUCGCGCUAUGACUCGUAAACUUCCACCGAAUUUGUUAAAAACAUAUGAUGGAAUCAUUAAGACCAGAAAGUGCGGAAUUUCAUUGAAGAAGUUACUGACGACGAUGACAAACGCGGACCACUGGAACCGGAAUUACCCGCCGUACACCAGCUAG